CGACAAACACGGAAACGAAAUUGUCGUGCAGUAAGAAACGAUGGCAGAAGAAACGAAAUUGGCACACAGUGAUGGUAAUGCACUAGAACAGGAAUCACCACCAUCUUACCAUGCCACAGCUGACCAAUCUGCAGUGGAUAUGCCUGAGGGCCUUCCUCCAUAUGGGGCUAAUGGAUACUCUGAACCUCCGCCAUCGUACGAUUCACUGUUUGGGAAGGUGAAGGCUGCCAAAGCCUCAUCCAGUAACAAUGCUCAGUUUGCCAAGAGCUUCGUAGGCAUACUUAUGGGAACCUUGGCCUGUACCAUUAUAAUGGGAAUUUUCCUGGCGAUUCCAAUAGCAAUGACAGCUAUAGGAGGUGUGUAUCUACAUCAAUGUCCAGCUGAGAGGUUUAUCCCUAUCUAUCUAUUGGUGGCUGGAGUGUUUGGGAUUAUCAAGAAUCUGUCCAGUCUAGGACAGAAACUGAGAAAUAAGAAAGAAGAAGGAGAGGAUGAUGAUCAGAAAAAUGUGAAGACAAAUCCAGCAGACAUGUUACUGAACUGCUUUUUGUUCGCCUGGUUUAUUGCAGGAAAUGUGUGGGUAUAUCGUACCUAUGGAAACUUCAGUACUGAUGAGACCUCUCAAAUGUACUGCCAUCCUACCUGUUACUACUUUGCCUUCUGGAUCAUCACAUCUACCUAUAUCCUAGGGGGACUCAUCUGCUUUCUGACUUGCUGUGGAGGGAUUGUGGCAGCCAUCACCACAGCAAAAUAAAGCUUAGUAACUGAGAUGAGAGAAGAGAAUCUAGAUUAAUCUGUAAAACUGGUACAAGGUAUUAAUGUAAUUAUAUGUACAAUUAAUAAUGCUCAAACACAGCUUCCAGAUGAUCAGAAAUGUUUAGAUAUAUUCAGUUUUUCUCUUUUUAGAGAGGUACAUAAGUGGAUUACGUAUUGUGGUGUAAUUGCUUGCUUUCGGUAUAAUUACAUGAUUUUUAGUACAUGUACAGGUAUUCAUAUAAGUAAAGAUUGUUUGCUUAAUAAUACUAACACUUACUUAUCACUUGUUGGGCCUAUAUUACAUGGUCUACAUGUAUAUGAUGCAGAGUAAGGAUUCCAUUCACAGUGUACAAGUUAUGACACUUGAUUACCAAGGAAAUCUAAAGAGACUAAAAUUGAUCUGUUGUCAUCAAAGCAAUACUUAAUUGUUACUAUUUUCUUUCUUUCUACAAUGUGAUUUCUUCCAAAUAUUGUCUCCUGAGGCACCCGUCCUUGUAUUACCUCAGCUGUUCUGAGGAGAUAAAACUCCAAACAUACUAAUUUCAUUCAGGACUUUAAACUUGAAAAAACGGAGCAAACUAUGGUGUCAUGAAUAAUUUUUUUAGCUUUAAAUGCUAUAUAAAACAAUAAUUCAAAAGAUACAAUACAUUUCUGAUAUUUAUAAAGUGUAUCAAUAUAGAAAUUGUUUGUCUUAGUAUCAUAAAAUAUAACAAUAUUGAUGCUAUGUGUCUAGAACAGACCUCUUGUUAAAAUUAAAAGUGUUGUGUCCUAACGAGAACCCUGACUAUUUUAGGGCAGUUAAGUCAUAUUUAUUUUUCCUGAUGUAUUUUUUAUAAAGGCCACAUGAUGUCAUGGUGUUUAUCUUAAAAUCCACAAGGCCAGAUCAAAUGUAUUUACAGUUUCUUGUUAUAUUUUGUUGUUAAACUUUUCUCAUAAUAAUUCUGCGUACAGUUAAAUACAUAGAUAUAACUGAUUGAUGUUGUAAAAUAACAGCUUUCAGUCAAUAUGAUUAUGAAUAAGUCUU